AUGGCGCACACAGUAUUCAAACGAUCACUUAAUUUCUUACUAACGCUGUUUUUCAUAUCAAUUUGUACCAAUGCCCAUCAUACAUUUGUUGUCUACUGGAAUCGUACGUCAUUUAAGCCAUAUCAAGACGGUUCAUUGAUCUUUGAAGUACAUUUGGGCGAUGUAAUGGAUCUUAUAUGUCCAUUUUAUGACGAACAAGAAUCCUAUUUGUUAAAUGAACUCGAACAAUACGAUAUUUACCAUGUAACAAAAAAUGAAUUCGAUAUGUGUAAUAUAGACCAAUUAAAUAUCAAUCCAACCACUCGGAUUCUAAUUGCGUGUAAUAGUCCUUAUGAAGUGAUGAAAUAUACACUUAACUUUCGUUCGUAUCUGCCCAUACCGAAUGGAUUGGAGUUUCAUUCAAAUCAAACGUAUUACUUUCUUUCAACAACAUCAAUACUAUCAUUGAAUCAACCAUGUUACAAGUUAAAAAUCAAUGUACAUGAGUACCAACGAAUUUCAUCAUCGUCAACUGCAAUACCAUCUCUCGAUGAACAGGAACGUAAUUUUCCGAUAAUUUCUCAUAAAUCCAAUAAUCAAAUAACUUCGUCAGCAGAUAAAACAAUCGAGUACAAUGAACAUCAUCCUUUAUUCUCAAAAAUAGUCAAAGCCCAGCGCCACAGUGAUCCUUAUUCGAUAAAAUGGAUCACCGACGUACCAUCACGUUUCAACGAUUUUCAUGAAUCCUACAGAACAGCAAAUAGCGUGUCUUCAUCAAAACCGAACACACUUAGUCUCGCACUGAGUGCUUCAUCAACUACAAGUCUAUCGAUACCGUUUGUCAACUUAAUACUUCUAAUACUUUGUCAAUUAUAA